AUGUUCGUGCGCUGGCUGCGGCCAGCAGUGGACUUCUUUGACCACCUCCUCCCGCGCUCUGACGCACCCAUGCGUCCUCCAGCGCUUCCUGUCGUCGCGUUCGCCGUAAUGGCGACGGAAGCGGAGAAAUCGGCGGUGAACCAAGGUCACACCGCCGAGAGCGCGCUAGCUCCGCCUCCUGCUACCGUGGCCGCUGCCACUGGUGCCCCGUCUGUUCCUCCUGCUCCCCCUGCCGCUGCUGCGAUGUCAACGGUCCCUGUCCUUUUGGCGCCUGCUUCCCCGCCGAGCUUCCCCCUUCCUCACGACGUGCCUGCGUCUGGCGCGUCGGCUCCUGUUGCGCCGCAACCGCUUGCGGCACCGCUGCGCGUUCAAUCUGCCGCCGAUGGCCUUGCGCAGGGGACAGCGGCGGGCGUCGGCCCCGAUUCUGCACGCUUGGUGGCCCCCGCGAUUGCGCCAGAGCAGCCCAUCACGCAACAACGCACAGAGUCGCAGAGCCGCGGUCCCGCGGGAGGCAACGCGGCAGCGCAUCGAGGGCGAGGUUCUCCUCGGCGUCGCCCCUCUCCAUCGUACCGGUCUGCACAUCGUGGAGGCCGCGGUGGUUGGUAG